AUGCCGCCAAAGGAGGAUUGGGAGAAGUACAAGGCGCCAGUUGAGGAUGAGGCUGAAAAAUCAGCUGCCGAUGAGAAAAAUGUUCCUCUAACAGAGGGAGAUAUUCAAGUGCUUAAGACAUAUGGGGCAGCACCUUAUGCUGGCAAGCUUAAACAGACUGAGAAGGAUCUGAAGGAUAUAGAAAAUAGAAUCAAGGAAAAGGCAGGCGUUAAGGAAAGUGAUACAGGGCUGGCACCUUCGCAUCUUUGGGAUAUCAUGGGAGACAGACAAAGAUUGAGCGAAGAACAUCCCUUGCAGGUUGCUCGUUGCACCAAGAUCAUCAGGAGCAGCGAUAAUGAGAAUGGGAACCGAAACGAAGAUGGGCUGGAUUCAGCCACUCUCGCCGGAAACGGUCUCGAGGCUAGCGAGUCUCGUGAAGCAGCUGAAGGGGACGACGAUGAGGGUGCCAAGUAUGUUAUCAAUUUGAAGCAGAUCGCUAAGUUCGUGGUGGGACUAGGCGAGCGAGUAUCUCCGACGGAUAUUGAAGAAGGCAUGAGAGUGGGCGUCGAUAGAUCGAAGUACCACAUCGAAUUACCCCUUCCUCCAAGGAUCGACCCUUCUGUGACUAUGAUGACUGUGGAGGAGAAGCCGGACGUUACUUACAGCGAUGUAGGUGGUUGUAAAGAGCAGAUUGAGAAGUUGAGAGAAGUGGUAGAGCUACCUCUGCUGUCCCCAGAAAGAUUUGCAGCACUUGGUAUAGAUCCACCUAAAGGUAUUCUAUUGUACGGACCUCCCGGUACAGGUAAGACCCUUUGCGCUCGUGCGGUUGCCAACAGAACAGACGCAACGUUUAUUAGAGUCAUUGGUUCAGAGCUGGUUCAAAAGUACGUUGGUGAAGGUGCACGUAUGGUGCGAGAACUAUUUGAGAUGGCCAGGACGAAAAAGGCAUGCAUUGUGUUCUUCGAUGAAAUCGAUGCCAUUGGUGGCGCGCGUUUUGAUGAUGGUGCAGGUGGUGAUAACGAAGUGCAGAGAACUAUGCUGGAGCUUAUCACACAACUGGAUGGUUUCGAUCCUCGUGGUAACAUUAAAGUCAUGUUUGCCACGAAUAGGCCCAACACGUUGGAUCCCGCUUUGUUAAGACCGGGCAGAAUCGACCGUAAAGUGGAAUUCUCGCUACCAGACCUGGAAGGACGCGCAAAUAUUUUCCGUAUUCAUUCAAAAUCAAUGAGUGUUGAGAGGGGCAUAAGGUGGGAACUUAUUUCAAGGCUUUGUCCGAACUCGACAGGAGCAGAAUUAAGAUCGGUUUGCACAGAGGCAGGUAUGUUUGCCAUCAGGGCCAGAAGGAAGGUAGCAACUGAGAAGGAUUUCUUAAAAGCUGUUGAAAAAGUCAUCAAUGGUUACAAGAAAUUUAGCUCCACUUCUCGUUAUAUGCAAUAUAACUAG